GCAAGUUUUCACUUUGAUAUUGAAGUUGCGAUCUUCAUGUUACAAUUGGUUUUUCCCAUUACCGCUUGGGACUUACAUGUGCAUUGGUUGUGUUUUUACUCACUGUGGCGAAUCACAUGCGUUCCAUUUCAUUGUCCCAACGGUGCGGCCACUAUUUCCCAUUUUUCAACUGCAUGGCGACCACAUUGUUCGAAUCCGGCUAUGAGCAACCAAGCCGACGACGACACUCGCGCCCUUGCGAUCGGCGAAGCGGCCCUGGAAGAAUUCCACGGCAUGUGCCUUGAGUCCAAGAACUUGUGGCACACUGAGAGCUGCAAAGUGCCGGACGCUUCCAUCUGGAGCAAACCCGGCAAGGCAGUAAGGCUGUUUCAAGCUGAGGCGAUCCUCGAAGCCCCGCCGUCAGUGGUAUUUGAAAUUCUCCACAUCAACAUUGCCGACACGCGCGAAUGGAACACGUCCGUUGAUGCGUGCACCCUCAUGAAGCAACUCAGCCCCAACGCCGAGAUCAUGCACACCCUUACGUGUGCCAUGUAUGGCGGUCUUGUGUCCGCGCGCGACUUCAUCAACGUCCGCGUGUCCAAGGAAUUGGACGAUCAGGCCGGGUACAUCGUCGGCACGACAGGCAUCGAGUACAAGGGCAGCGUGGUUCGCAGCAGCGGCGUCACCCGCGGCAUGAACGGAGUCAUGGGGUUCCUCAUCCUCCGCCAUGCAAAAGGCACGCGACUCGUGUGGAUCAUCAACACCGACGUCAAGGGAUGGAUUCCGCGCAGCCUCAUCGACGCCGCCAUUCCCGCAGAAAUGGAAUCGUACAUUGUAGCGCUGCGGAAGCGUGCCGCGGUGUUGCAAGCUCAGCAAUAGGCGACAGAUUGUACAGUAUAUACACAUCCAGAUCCCGUCGGUUUCAUGUCAACGGAAGGGUGUGGACAGCGAAUGGGCCGUUAAGAUAGUUAAAGAUACUUCGUAGAACGUACUUCAUGUGAUUCAAAUAUAGGUAACGUUAUACCUACUUACACGAACGAUU